CCUUCUUUUCGUUUCUUUAGUUUUCAUUAUCAGAAACAUACAUAUAUAUACAUAUAUAUAUAUACUACAAUAUAGAUAUAUAGAUAGAUACCAUGGUUGUUGAAACGACAUAUUAUGAAAUCCUCAGUGUAGAAGUUGAUGCUUCUGAUCAUGAAAUCAAAAAGGCUUAUAGAAAAUUGGCAAUGAAGUACCAUCCUGACAAGAAUCCAGAAGAAGGCGAACGUUUCAAGGAAAUCUCUCAUGCAUAUGAAGUAUUAUCAGAUCCAGCUAGACGGGCAGAAUAUGACAGAUUCGGUUCAGAAGGACCUGGUGGAGGAGGUGGUGGUGGUGGUAUGUCAGCCGAUGAUCUCUUUGCAAACUUAUUUGGUGGUAUGGGAGGUAUGGGUGGAUUUGAUUUUGGUGAUGGAGGCUAUGGUGGUCGACCUUCUCGUCCAAGAAAAGGUGAAACGAUGAAGUACCCUCUUCAAGUUACUUUAGAAGAUCUAUAUAAUGGCAAGCGAACAAAAUUGGCUCUUCAAAAAAAUGUAAUUUGUGUGACCUGUAAUGGUAAGGGUGGUAAAACUGGAGCAACAAAGAAAUGUACUUCAUGUAAAGGUCGUGGAUUCCAAGUAGUAACUCGUCAAGUGGGUAUGGGCAUGCUUCAACAAAUGCAAGUUCCUUGUGGUGAAUGUCAUGCUAGUGGUGAAAUUGCAAAGGAUCGAUGUAAAAAAUGUAAAGGAAAGAAGGUUACAGAAGAAAAGAAAUACUUGGAUGUCUUUAUUGAAAAAGGCAUGAUGGAUGGUCAAAAGAUUGUGAUUAAAGGUGAAGGUGAUCAAGAGCCUGGUGUAGAAGCUGGUGAUGUGAAUCUUGUAUUGAACCAGAAAGAACAUGACGUAUUCGAAAGAAAAGGGGAUGAUUUGUUAUGCCAUGUGACAAUUAGUUUGAUGGAAGCUUUAUGUGGAUUCGAAAAGGUACUUGUUACUCAUUUAGAUGGACGUGGAAUUCAAGUGAAUCAUCCAGCUGGAAAAGUGAUCAAACCCAAUAUGGUAAAACGUAUACCUCACGAAGGUAUGCCAAUCUUCAAGAGAUCGGAUGAUCGUGGUGAUCUUUAUAUUGUCUUUGAUGUGGUAUUCCCUGAUGAUAAUUUUACUGAUUUGAAGAAUAUCAAGACCUUUGAGACCUUAUUACCCAAACCAACUCAAGACAAUAAGAAACAUGAUAUCAUUGAUGAAUGUAGUCUUAUUACUGGUGAUUUGGAUGCUUUUGGUGCUUCUCAACAAUCCCGCAAUGCUUAUGAUGAUGAUAGUGAAGAACAAGGUGGAAAUUCUUUUGGUUGUGCUCAACAAUAGAUUCUUUUAUAUAUAUAUAUAUAUAUUUACAUGUAGCUUUAAUAUAAUUGAUUCUUCUUUUUUUUAUUUUAUUUUAUUCCUUUUUAU